AUGUCCAUAUCAAGAGUUGUGUCAUGUAUCAUAACCGUGAUACUACUAUUAGUAGCAGGAGUAGCUGGAGAUGAUCCACAAGCGACUUCUGAACCAGCUCCUGCUCUUGCAAGUGCUACUGCUGCUACUAGUAGUGAAACAGGUGACCCUCAGCCAGUUGGCGAUGUCAAUGCCACCGGGUUGGUAGUUCCGACAAAUCAAACUUCUAAUCUACUUCCUAAUUUUGUAUUGGAGGUGAAAACCGCCAAUUCAGGAUUGGUAUUAUCUACUGAGUUGUCAGCAAUGACUCCCCUCAACGGAACUGUAUCAUCGACUAAUGGACUAUCUGACCUAUGUUCAGGUGAAUUAACACUAAUGAAUUCAACCACUAACUUGAACUAUAAUAUGAUCCCAUUACUUUCAUGCGAUGAUGCUGAUUUGGUUGCUGGAUACCUGGUUAAUGUCGAGGGCUCGAAUUCUCCAUGUGCAGUUCUUUACUCUCUUCAUAGUCAAGGAUGUGAAUUUGACUCGACAAGCACUUUCGAGACUCAACUCGGAACUGUGUUCAGCAUUACAUCGGCUCAAUACUCAGCAUCUAUAAUAUCUCAAAUCAAUAGGACCAUGGGUCCUAUAACUGCCAGCAUCUCGUCAAAAGCUAGUGAAAACAAUCCUGGUAAUGGAUCUCCGUUAACAUCGAAAAGUACUGGCUCAACUGUCGCAAUGGCCGUACUGUAUAGUAUCACUGGCGUAGUUGCUGCUACAUUUUUAUUUAUUAUUGUUUCAGGCGCAAUUCGUGUUCAUAAACACCCUGAGCGUUAUGGACUAGUCUCCAACACCACUUCCUACGAUUCUAAUCAUGGACCAGGGGGCGAAGGAUUCGGCUCGAUGCAGUACUCUAGACGUGCUAAAGGACUGGCUAGAGCUGUAUUGGAUUCAAUUCCAAUUGUUCAGUUUAAAGUAGGUAACGAUGCAUCCGGUCGGACCACCGCAUCUCCUAAGGAGGAGAGUAUUGGGAUUGAUGAUAACAUUGGUCGUCAAUAUGCGGUGGAUGGUGAAAAGCAAGGGCGAGAUAGUUACUCGCUUGACAAUCUUAAAGCUGGUAAUGAGAGUAUGGUGGAAACAACGAAUGAAAGCAUCGACGAAUUAUAUACGCCUGGCAAGAAUGUCGUCGAACCCCCGACCCAAACUGAAAGUUUGCCAACAGGUCCAGAAGGUGCUGUUGGCACCUCUGCUGUUGCUGAUGUGUCUAGAGAACCAGUAGCUGCGAAGGCUGUUCCUCCAGUUUCUCAAAGUGUUUCAGAGGUAGGUACAGAAACACCUGCCGCCUCGCAUGUCAAUGGCACCCAACCUAUGGAAACCCUUGUUGGUGGACUCAAUAGCGAUGAGCCAGAUUGUCCCAUCUGUUUUGAGAGUUUUAAAGACGGUGACAUCUUACGAAUCUUACCGUGUAAGCACAGGUUCCAUGCCCUUUGUGUGGAUCCUUGGUUGCUGAAUUCUUCUGCUCUGUGCCCUCUUUGCAGAGUUGACCUCUCGCUCGAAGAGAACGAACAAGUUUCAAACGACCCGCCUAAUGGUCUUAAUGCUUCAUCUCAUCACGAAGUUGAGAUUUCUCUCUUUAAUCGGCUGUUGGAUAUUUGGAACGCUCAACUGCUUCCUCGUGAGGCAAGACGAGUGGCCCUUGCUCGAUUCCAUGAGGAAGCCGAGCUACGAAGACAGCUCCGUAGCAGACAGGGAAAUAAUUUCGAGGAACAGAACAGUCGUAGAUGGACUAAUUUUGUUAACUCUCGACGAAGACUUUUCCAACUGCGCCGUAAUCGCCGUGGAGCCUCUGACCAUGAAGAACCUGCACAUGACAAUGACAAUAAUCCCACCUCAGACCCCAGUGCACCUCCCCCAUCUUCUCAAACAUAA